AUCAUUAUCAAAUCUUCCCCAUAAAUAGUAUUUAAUUCGUUUGAAUUCCACUCUUCUUCGCCAAAAUUCCCACUCCUCUUCUUCUUCAUUCAUUCACCUCAAUCUCAUGCAUCAUCUGCAUUAUUCACUUCAAUCCCAAACGACACCGUUUCCUUCUUGUUCUCUCUGUCCCUGUUGUUUCUCUUCAAUUUUCCUUGUUUGAUUCUUCCGGGUCGAUCCAUGGAUUCUCAACCGGGUCUAUCACUCGGGCUGAACGCUCCGACGCCAUCGCCGCCGCCGACUGCUCAUUCCGCCCUCUCUGCUCCGUGGCGUUUACACGACGAGAAACCCGAACCCGAACUCGAAGAAGAAGAAGAAGAAGAAGGAGAAGGUGAAACGAUCAACUUCAUGGGUAGACCUAUGUGCUUGAAGAGGCACAUAGAAGAAGAAGAACCACAACAACAACAAUCGUGUUUCCCGGCGAAGCGCGUCGCGGUGGAUUCCGCGGCGGAGGCGCGGCGAGGUUGGGGGAACCAGCCGCUGUGCGUUGCAGACCCUGAGAUUCACGAGAUCAUGGAGAAGGAGAAAUGGAGACAGUUCAGAGGGAUAGAGCUGAUUGCGUCUGAGAAUUUCGUGUGCAGGGCGGUGAUGGAAGCUUUGGGUAGCCAUUUGACGAACAAGUACUCUGAGGGAAUGCCUGGAGCGAAGUACUAUACUGGGAAUCAGUACAUUGAUCAGAUUGAGUUUCUUUGCUGUAAGCGUGCGUUGAUGGCGUUUGAUCUUGAUUCCAACAAUUGGGGUGUCAAUGUUCAACCGUAUUCAUGUACUUCUGCGAAUUUCGCUGUUUUUACUGGGCUUUUGCAUCCUGGGGAUAGGAUUAUGGGGCUUGAUUCACCUUCUGGUGGGCAUUUGAGUCAUGGGUAUUAUACUUUGGGUGGGAAGAAGGUUGCUGCUGCUUCCAUUUUCUUUCAGACUUUGGCUUACAAGGUUAAUCCUCAAACUGGGUAUAUAGAUUAUGACAAGCUUGAGGAAAAAGCUGUGGAUUUUCGACCUAAGAUACUUAUUUGUGGUGGAAGUUCUUAUCCUAGAGAGUGGGAUUAUGGGAGGUUCAGGCAGAUUGCUGAUAAAUGCGGGGCGGUGUUGAUGUGUGACAUGGCUCAUAUCAGUGGUCUUGUGGCAGCUAAGGAAGGAGUUAGUCCAUUUAAUUACUGUGAUAUUGUUACUUCAACAACCCACAAAAGUCUCCGGGGUCCAAGGGGAGGUAUCAUCUUUUACAGAAAAGGGCCAAGACCAAGGAAGCAAGGGUCGGUUCAUAAUCACGGAGAUGAUAUCAAUUAUGAUUUUGAGGAGAAGAUAAACUUUGCAUUAUAUCCAUCAUUACAAGGUGGACCCCACAAUAAUCACAUUGCUGCUCUUGCCAUAUCUUUCAAACAAGUUGCAACUCCAGAGUACAAAGCAUAUAUGCAGCAGGUGAAGAAAAAUGCACAGGCAUUAGCAUCUGCCUUGAUGAGAAGAAAAUGCAGAUUGGUGACUGAUGGGACGGACAAUCAUCUUUUGCUCUGGGAUCUAACUGUGCUUGGCUUAAUUGACAGAAACUAUGAGAAGGUCUGUGAGGCUUGUCAUAUCACUAUCAAUAAAUGUGCCAUUUAUGGUUCUAUUUCCUCAGGAGGUGUGAGAAUUGGCACUCCUGCAAUGACAACAAGAGGCUGCUUAGAGAAUGAUUUUGAGACCAUAGCCGAUUUUCUUCUGAGGGCAGCUGAGAUUACUAGCAUUAUACAGAGGGAACAUGGGAAAUCGUGCAAGGAGUUUCUCAAGGGUCUUCAGAACAAUAAAGAUAUUGCUGAGCUCAGAAAUCGUGUUGAGACAUUUAGUUCCCAGUUUGCAAUGCCUGGAUUUGAUAUUUGAUUACGUCAUGCCUUACCAUGUUUUGCAUUAUCAAAUUAUUUUUUCCUUGAUCUUAUAUCAAGUUAGCUCCUGUAAAUUAUACAUAUGCAGAUGGAGUAUAAUCAUCAUGUGACGGCUAUAGGUCACACUUCAGCUAUUGUCCGCUUAGUACUUAGUGAUUGUACAAUUAUUAAGGUUUGAUACCCUUUUCUUGAACUACAACUUUUGUAGCUACCCUUUGUUUAUGAAGAAACUUCAGUAAUUACGACACUACUUUAAUAUAAAAUGGUGCUCAUUUUGA